ACGCUUGCCAAGAUCACUAUAAAACGGUUAAUUAAACACAACAUUUUAUUGCAUAAGACUACGGCAACUAAGACCUGAUAGGAAAAUCCCACGAGACGGUCAUGGCCAUUGGAUGUUUCGAUAUGUCAAACUAGAAUAUCCCGAGAUCGCAGGUCAGGGUCUCGUUUACAUGGACGUGUGGCCGAUUGGUUACCCGAUAAUCGCUGUCUACAAUCCCAACAUGAUGGCACAAUUCAUCCAAGAGAACAGUCUCCCUAAAUACUGGGCUAUGCCACAAGUCGAAUUCAAGUAUUUCACCGGAGGCGAAGACCUAGUGAAUCUGGACGGCCCGGAAUGGAAGAAAGCUCGAAGCAUGUUUAAUCCUGGCUUCUCGGCUAAGAAUCUCUUGUCUCUUGUCCCUGAUAUGAUGGAAGAAGUAUUAGUCUUCCGGGAACGGCUAAGGAAAGCUGCCGCUUCCGCGGAAGUUAUUAAGCUGACGAAUUAUACGACGGACCUGACUGUCGACAUAGUCGGACGCGCUGUGUUGGGCACGCGUCUGCAAACACAGGUUGGACCAAAUCGCUUGAUGCAAUUGAUAAAAUCUCAGUUGAAGUUGAUCUAUUUUGAGCUUGACCUUCCCAAGCAGCUGAACCCUCUUCUUCCUCUGAAAAACUGGGUAUACAAUCGCAUGAUCAAGAAGGAACUGGCCCCGUAUAUUCUCAACGCCGCCCAGAACUACGAGAAAAUUGUGGGGCCUAAGACUAUUGUGACUCUCGCCUUGAAAGAGUACGUCAACGAGGUACAAAAUCAUAAUGCAAGAGGAAACAUCCCGUCCGAGUUCGUCGAACGGGUCGUUAAACACAUCAAGAUCUUCAUGUUCGCCGGGCACGACACCACUGCUACAGUUCUUGCGUACAUAUACUACAUGCUUAGCAAACAUCCGACUGAAGCCGCCAAGCUACGUGCCGAACACGACGAAGUGCUAGGUCCCGACCCAACCGCUGCUGCUGGUUUGAUUAGAGCAGAUCCUAACUUGCUGAAUAAGUUGCCGUUCACUAUGGCUGUUCUCAAAGAAACCCUCCGUCUCUUCCCUCCCGUGGGCGGCAGCAUCCGUCAAUCGCCGCCGGGACACUUCCUCACACAUCCCGAAACCGGGGUCCGCUACCCCACACACGGGUUCAUGUUACAUUCCUCCGCGUCGACGGUGUUGCGCGACGCAGACUACUGGCCCGACCCGGACGACUUUGUUCCGGACCGGUUCAUGACGCGCGACGAGAGCGAUCCCUGGCACCCGGUCAAGAACGCAUGGCGACCAUUCGAAAUGGGGCCCCGAAAUUGCAUCGGCCAGGAAUUGGUUUUCACGGAGGUGCGACUGAUCCUCGCGCUGACGGUACGCGAGUUCGACGUCGAGGAAGCAUAUCCGGCGGAUGCACCGUCGUGGAUGGGCUUAAAGGGCUACCAAGUUGCUAACACAGAAGCUAUUUCUACAGCUCACCCCAAGAGCGGCCUUCCUGUGAAGGUCAAGGCUAGGAAAUAGGGAGAUUAAACCAGUACAUACUUUGUGACAUAGAAUGGGCUAGAGUAGCCAUAUAAUCCUGUGGUGUUGUUCAUAUAUGUAAGGUAUACAUACCUAAAGAGAUUGGUCAUAUGAUGGCAUUUACAAAUCACUUCAGAUACUACUACUAUCGUCAUAAAUAGAAUUCAAGAACUGAGAUACGACCCCUAUUACAAACUUCGACGUAGUGACGAAGAAU